AUGGAUUCUACCCUGGACCUCACCACGCUCCACGCCCUGUCCCACGAGGUCAUCUCCAAGCAGGCCACCAUCAACAUCGGUACCAUUGGUCACGUCGCUCACGGUAAAUCCACCGUCGUCAAGGCCAUCUCGGGUGUCCAGACCGUUCGUUUCAAGAACGAGUUGGAGCGUAACAUUACCAUCAAGCUCGGAUAUGCCAACGCCAAGAUCUACAAGUGCCAGAACGAGGCUUGCCCUCGCCCUGGAUGCUACAAGUCGUACCGCAGCAGCAUGGAGGAUCAUCCCAAGUGCGAGCGCUUCGGAUGCGGUGGCACCAUGAAGUUGGAGAGACACGUCUCCUUCGUCGAUUGCCCUGGACACGAUAUUCUCAUGGCUACCAUGUUGAACGGUGCCGCUGUCAUGGACGCCGCCUUGUUGUUGGUUGCUGCCAACGAAUCCUGCCCCCAGCCCCAGACCAGUGAACAUUUGGCCGCUAUUGAGAUUAUGAAGUUGGAGCACAUCAUCAUCUUGCAGAACAAGGUCGAUUUGAUCAAGGAGUCUGCCGCACAGGAACAUUACCAGAGCAUCUUGCAGUUCGUUAAGGGAACCAUUGCCGACUCUGCCCCCAUUGUCCCCAUCUCUGCUCAGCUCAAGUACAACAUCGACGCCGUCAACGAAUACAUUGUCAAGCGCAUCCCUAUCCCCGUCCGUGACUUCACCUCUGACCCCCGCCUCAUUGUCAUUCGUUCCUUCGAUGUCAACAAGCCCGGUGCUGAGGUCGACAGCUUGACUGGAGGUAUUGCCGGAGGUUCCAUUCUCAGCGGAGUCUUGCGCCUUGGUGAUGAGAUUGAGAUCCGUCCCGGUAUUGUUACCAAGGAUAACGAGGGCAAGAUCAAGUGCAGACCCAUCUUCUCGCGCAUUGUGUCGCUGUUGGCCGAGAACAAUGAGCUCAAGUUUGCUGUUCCUGGUGGUUUGAUUGGUGUGGGUACCAAGAUUGAUCCUACCUUGUGCCGUGCCGAUCGUUUGGUCGGACAGGUCUUGGGAUCUGUUGGAAAGUUGCCUGAUGUCUACUCUGAACUCGAGAUCAACUACUUCUUGCUCCGUCGUCUCUUGGGAGUCAAGACCGAUGACAAGAAGCAGGCCAAGGUCACCAAGCUGACCAAGAACGAGGUUCUCAUGGUCAACAUUGGUUCCACCUCCACCGGAGGCCGUGUCAUCCAGGUCAAGAACGAUAUCGCCAAGAUUGCCCUCACCGGUCUUGCAUGCUCAGAGGCUGGCGCCAACGUUGCCUUGUCCCGUCGUAUCGCUAACCACUGGCGUUUGAUUGGAUGGGGUAAGAUCACCCGCGGUUCCUCUGUCCCCAUCUAA